AUGAGGAAUUCAUUCUCCCUCGUAUCGUUCCUUGCCUUGGGCUUAGGCCUUUGGUCUGCCCUAGUGGCUGCUGUUACCACGAAGAACACAAUUCUAAUCUUUGCGCGCGACGCCGGCUCUGCUUACUCCGCUUACUCCGGCUUGCAGGGCUAUGGAAUACCAUACCAGGCUCUGCCUUCGACUGGCGCAACCUUGCCCCAGCUGAGUUCUUCAGCUACAGCAGGCAACUACGGAGCAAUUGUUGUUCUCAGUGAAGUGUCCUACCAGUACCCUAAUGGGUUCUUCUCGGCACUUACGACCGAGCAAUGGAACGCCCUAUAUGCCUACCAGACCGCCUUUGGCGUCAGGAUGGUGCGCCUCGAUGUCUAUCCAGGCCCCGAUUUUGGCACAACCACUGCCAUCGCAGGCGCUGGCUGCUGUGGCACUGGGGUCGAGCAAUUGAUCUCCAUCUCGAAUACCGCCGCCUUCCCGACUGCAGGUCUCAAGGUUGGUGCAACCAUGAGCACCGUGGGAUUGUGGCAUUACCCGGCGACAAUCACCAACACGACCAGUACCACGCAGUUUGCGAAGUUUGGACCGGGAGGAAGCUUCUCUACUGACACGACUGCCGGUGUCAUCAAUAACUUUGGCAAUAGACAGCAGAUGGUGUUCUUCACCUCCUGGGCCACUGCCUGGAAUCCGACGUCCACUUUUCUACAACAUGCAUGGAUCCACUGGGUUACACGUGGCUUGUAUGUCGGGUUCAGGCGGCUGUACCUGAGCACUCAGGUUGAUGAUGUGUUUCUGAGUACGGGACUUUACAGGCCCCAAGGGACAGAGUUCCGUCUGCGCACAGGCGAUCUUGCCAAUCAUGUCACGUGGACUACGCAGAUCAAUGCCAAGAUGCCGGCCGGCUCCAAUUACUUUAUCGAGCUUGCACACAACGGCAAUGGCGAUAUCGAAGCUUCGACUGCUACAUCGCAAGGCCAAACGGCUUGCAAUCCUAACACGGCUAUCUAUUAUGACGAACAGAUCGACACUCCCCUGGAAUUUCAGAAGCCGCUCGGCACCGGCUCAAACAUCUGGCCCACCACGCCGACGUCCUACACUUGGUCGCUGACAUGUGCGAAGCUGGAUACUCUGAUGCAAUGGUUCAGUACCGCGGCGAACCGAAACGCUUUUGCCCAUGUCUCACACACGUUCAGUCACAUGGCCAUGAAUAACGCGACAUACGCGGAUGUUGCCAAAGAAAUCUCCUUCAACAAGGCCUGGAUGCAGCAGGUGGGCUUCUCAGCUGCCCCUCGCUUCUCUGGUGCCGGCCUGGUCCCCCCUGCCAUCACCGGUACGCACAACGGUGAUGCUAUCAAGGCCUGGAUGGACAAUGGCAUCAGGCACAUCGUCGGUGACAACACUCGACCACCUUUGAUGAACCCGCAGAGCGCCUUCUGGCCUCUGACUUCCACCGUUGCGGGCAAUGGCUAUGCUGGCCUCAAUAUCAUCCCCCGCUGGGCAACUACCAUCUACUACAACUGCGACACGCCCGACUGCACCCUCCAGGAGUGGAUCGACACGUCUGGCGGUUCUGGCGACUUCCAGAACCUCCUCAGGGACGCCAGAGCAGUGAACACGCGCCAUCUGCUUGGUCUCCACUGGGACCCCUUCAUGUUCCACCAAGCGAACAUGAGGCAGACCGACAUGCCCAACACAGUCGUGAACGGCGUGUCCGCGAAGCUCUCCUUGCUGCAAAUCUGGGUUGAGGUCAUCGUGCAAGAGAUGGUGCGCCUCACCUCGUGGCCCAUCAUCUCCCUCAAGCACGAUGACAUCGGGACGACCUUUCAGAAGCGCGAGAUCCGCGACAAGUGCAACCCGAAUCUGGUUUACAACUACUCGGCGGAUGGCAGGAGCAUUGUCAGCGUCACAGUGAACACGAAUGGCAAUACCUGCGGCACGCCGAUCCCUGUGACGUUCCCGGGCCCGGUCACCUCGACGACAGGGGCGACGCAGGAGAAGGUCGGGGGUGAUCCGUUGACGCUGUGGGUUACGAUGAGCGGAGCUGCCCGCACGUACACGCUUACCACGCCGGUUGCCGUCUGA